CUAGCUAGUAGCUAAUAAGUUUUCACUUUGCAUCAAAUAUGGAUGCUAUGCUAGCUAGGUCUAGGUUAUAUAUACACACACAUGAAGGUUGAAUGAUAUGGGGGAGCGGGACUGAGCAGCGAGCUAGGGCUUCACACACACAAACACACACACACAUACGUAAGCUGCUGAUCUUCAUAUCUCUGAUCUCUCUCAGAACGCAAGUAGAGCUAUACAGAAGAAGAAGAAGGUGGAGAAGGAGAGGAGAGGAAGACCGAUCCUUAUAUAGCCAGUACUGAAAAUUGAAGGGGGCAGGGAGGCCGGCGGGUGGGUUUAAUUCGCGGAAGUGGUGCAACGAGGAGAUAUGGUGGCGAGAGGACCGCCCAUGUCCAAGAGGGAGCUCGGAGGCUGUUUCUAGCUAGCAAAGUGGUGGUGAUCAUCACACAUAUAUAUAGCUAGAAAUGAUGAUGAUGGCCGGGAGUCCGAAGUUGAUGAAGGGCGGCGGGAGGGCAGAGGCUGCUGGAGAAGGAAGAAGCUGCGACGGCGGCGGGACGAGGCCGGGGUGGCUGGAAGGGGUGAUGGGACCGGAGAGAGGGUUCUUCGAGGGAUGCAGGCACCACUCGGACCGCCGGAAGAAUGAGAAGAACAUCUUCUGCCUCCGUUGCUGCCUCAGCCUCUGCCCCCAUUGCCUCCCUGCCCAUCCCUCCCAUCCCCUCCUUCAGGUGAGACGAUAUGUGUACCACGAUGUUAUUCGGUUGGGCGAUCUCGGGAAGCUCAUAGACUGCUCUUAUAUUCAGCCAUAUACAAUUAACGGGGCAAAAGUGAUAUUCUUGAAUGAGAGGCCACAAUCGAGGAGCUCAACUAAUAAUAAGGGCUCUGCCAACAUCUGCUUCAACUGUGACAGAAUUCUCCAGGAGCCCUUCCACUUCUGCUCCCUCCAGUGCAAGGUGGAUCACCUAGCGUACCAGGGGGAAGACCUGUCGAACAUCCUGAGGAGGUUUGAUGAGUCGGAUUUCUCGAUCUCACAGUUUGAAGGGUUGAGGAUGGACGGAUCAGAGCUCGGGGAGGAAGUGGAGGCCGAAGCCCAACAACAUAUGAUGAGUAACACGGCAGCAACAUACUCCAUGAACAUCCUAGAAGAUCAGGAUGGCGACCCCAUCGACGAUGUGCUCAACGAUUCGGACCAUCAUCACACGGACACAGGAGGGCGGAAUAUGAACACGGGAAUGCCCAAGAGGAACAAGAAGAAGGGCAAUGGGAUGGGAGUGGGAGUGGGAGUGGGAGUGGCUUCUUUUCUCAUGGGAUUGUUCUGUCCCUGGGCAGCAGGAGGAAGGGGGCUCCUCAUAGGGCUCCUUUCUCCUAAUUAAUAACCUAGCUAUAUCUAUCCCGCCCCUGAUCAGGAUACAAAAUAUAAUUUUUAAGAAAUAUUAUAAAC